AGGGGAAAAAGAGGCCUCUCGCAUUCUGGCUUCAUAUUUCCUCUCUUCCGUUGUUCCAUUCUUCCCCACCCAUAAUAGCCGCUAACCAUCACAUUGCCUCGCCUGGGAAGGAAACGAGGAGUAAUCAGUGAAGCGAAAAGGUAGAGUAGCCAGAGAUGUCAGAUCUCAGCCUAGGCGAAGGGAAGUGAGGUCAUUCGUCUUUUUCAAUCUCUCUGCCUUCUUGAGAAGAUCCGGAUCCUGGCUUUCCUUUUUUUUUUCCGCCAUUUUCUAAUUCGGGAUUUCCUCUUUCCCUUCCUUUCUUGGUUUCUUUGUAAUAAAGAAAAUCUCGAAUCACCACCUUCGAUCCCCUCUUCUUGUUUUCUUAUACGUGUUUGAAAUCUUGGCGGAAGGCUACCUCCACCUUCUCCUCUCUCUCUUUCUCUCUCUCGAGUGGUUGAUUAUAUGGCGGCGUCCAUCACCUCCACCGCCCGAAAGGACCACGACUCCAUCAUCGAAUCUCCUCUUCCGAAGUCCGGCGGCGCCGCAAAGGACGCCGGCAAGAAGGAUGCCGGAGGCAUCCAUGCUUGUGGCUCCGAUCACCACCCUCGCCGUCAGCACCCCCGCGGCGCCAAGAUCAAUGCCGGCCACCCUGCCCUUCCUUUCUUGAAGCAAGAGUUGCCUUCCCAGAAGAAAGAGGCCAAUUGGCACGCCAUCGGCGGUGCCCGCAAUCCCAUUCUUGAGGCACCAGCGGCAGCUGCCGCCGCCGCCCACUCGGCCUGCGACAAAGAACCGACUCCUCACUCCUCUUCGGCCAGCCAUUGCUACCAGAGCGCCCUCAGCGGCAGCUUCUGUAGCGAGGCGCAGCACACCGAAGCCAAGGACAGCUUCCUGACCGCCAGGGUCAGCGAUGCCACUGCUGUCAGCGUCGGCAAUGGCUGUGGCAGCGCCAAGAUCAGCGACCCCAUAAAUGGCAGUAGCGGCAGCUCGAGCAGCGGCACGAAUGAUGAAUGCUGCAGCAGCUCGAGCAGCUUCAGCACCGGAGGUACGAACAAGCCCCACAAGGCAAACGAUGCGCGGUGGGAGGCCAUCCGGGCUGUCAGAUCUCGAGACGGGUAUCUUGGGCUGCACCACUUCAGGUUGCUGAGGAAGCUGGGCUGCGGGGACAUCGGUAGCGUGUACCUUGCGGAGCUGAGCGGAACGGGGAGUCACUUUGCCAUGAAGGUGAUGGACAAGGCAGUGCUCGCCAGCCGGAAGAAGCUGGCAAGGGCCCAGACAGAGAGGGAGAUACUACAAUGCCUCGACCACCCGUUCUUGCCGACCCUCUAUACACACUUUGAGACUGAUAAGUUCUCUUGCUUGGUUAUGGAGUUCUGCCCCGGUGGAGAUCUGCACACUCUUCGACAGAGACAGCCAGGGAAGUAUUUUAGCGAGAAUGCAGCAAGGUUUUAUGUGGCUGAAGUUCUCCUUGCUUUGGAGUACCUACACAUGCUUGGGAUUAUCUAUAGAGACCUUAAACCAGAGAAUGUCUUGGUAAGGGAAGAUGGCCAUAUCAUGCUAUCUGAUUUUGAUCUGUCUUUACGAUGUGCAGUUUGCCCAACACUGGUCAAGUCUGUGAACCUUGAUUUUGGUUCUUCGAAAAACUCUGGAUACUGUAUUCAGCCUUCGUGCAUCCAGCCCACCUGCAUACAGCCUUCAUGCUAUCAGCCCACAUGUUUCUCGCCACGAAUUCUUAAUAAAUCCAAGAACAAGAAGGCAACUUCAAAUUCAAAUGAAGUUUGUAACCAGGUGAUCCCACUCCCAGAGCUCAUUGCAGAGCCUACAAAUGCCCGGUCGAUGUCCUUUGUAGGGACCCAUGAAUAUUUGGCUCCAGAGAUCAUCAAAGGUGAAGGCCAUGGUAGUGCUGUAGAUUGGUGGACGUUUGGAAUCUUUCUUUAUGAGCUUCUGUUUGGGAAGACACCAUUUAAAGGGUCUGGAAACCGCGCUACCUUGUUCAAUGUGGUGGGUGAGCCCCUGAAGUUCCCCGAGUUGCCCACAGUCAGUUUUGCAGCGAGAGACUUGAUCAGAGGUUUGCUUGUGAAAGAGCCCCUGCAAAGGCUCGCAUAUAGGCGUGGUGCGGCUGAGGUAAAGCAGCAUCCAUUCUUCCAGAGCAUAAAUUGGGCACUGAUACGAUGUACCAGCCCACCAGAGGUUCCAAGACCACACAAGAACAAUAUUCUGCUAGGAAGCAACAUUGCGUCAGCACCCAGUGGGAAUUUGGUUGGAGUUGAUGUAAAACCAUGUGGUAAAUAUUUAGACAUGGAAUUCUUUUAAUCCAGUAUCUUGCUGUUUUAACUUUUGACUUUGAGGCUGCAGAUCCCAUUCCCAGAUAGGGCAUAUCAUUUCAUUUAGACACAAAAGUGCUGUUAAAAUUACUUUUAAGCAAUGAAAUGCAGUUAUUGAUGGUCCUC